CCACUGCCAGUUUAGUUGUGUACGUUAAUCACCCAGUUGCAAGGGACGGUUUAGCUAGUUUGGCUGUUCAGCAGUACCUUAGUAACUCAUCAUUACUGCAACAUGGCAUCUAAAAUCCUUCGGAAGGUGAUUUCCACACCCAAAGCACCUGCUGCAAUUGGUCCUUACAGCCAAGCAGUGCAGGCAGGUAACACACUGUACGUCUCGGGGCAGCUGGGAAUGGACCCCCAGACCAUGAACUUGGUGAGCGGUGAUGUUGUUGAACAGACUAAAACAGCCUUAACCAACAUGGGUCACAUUCUGGAGGCUGCAGGUUGUACUUACAAACAUGUGGUGAAAACAACUGUGCUCCUUGCAGAUAUCAAUGACUUUGUUAAAGUUAAUGAAGUGUAUUCCACAUUCUUCUCAGAAGCAGUACCAGCACGAGCAGCUUACCAGGUUGCUAAUUUGCCAAAGGGAGGACGUGUGGAAAUUGAAGCUAUUGCUGUUGUGGGGGAGUUGGAUCAGCAGUGACUGAUUAAAUCAUUUGUGAAUACAAGUCUUACAUGAAAAAAUUAUGUUAAUUUGAAGAGAGAAGAAGAGCAUUGAAUGUUAAGUGUGUGCAUUCUGUAAAUAUAUAAAUGUUUGUUGUAAAACAUAGUUUUAAACUGUGUUUGUGGCAGCAAUACAAUUGUUGCUCUCUUGCAUUUAGGUAUGUAAUAGUUAACAAAUGAAAACCAUUGUGAAAACUGAAUAAUAAACAAGUGCACGUGGAGCCUGUUGGCAUGUUAUGUAUUGAAGAUUUCUGGACCAACAGAAACGCUUACUGGUACUGUACGGUACUAAUAAAAGGGAAAUACAGUAAACGGAUGCUUUAUAUAAUGGAUUAUAAUGGACACCCUAAACCUAUCGGACAAACCCUCAAGAAAACAGACAUAUGUCCGUUAUCCCCAAGGAGUUCUCCAAUAGUUUGUCAUUGCAUAAACACUAACCAUACAGUAAUAUUGUACAGUAUAUAAUAAAAAAGAACAUUAGUUGAAAUUUAUAAAAAAAAUGUGAGCAAUAAACUAUCACAAAU